UUUUUUUUUUUUUUUUGUGCUACUGCAGAAGACCUGCCGGUAGUUUGCCCUGGCCGGAGGAGGACGAGGGGUGGGGGGGACUGCGCUGUCUGUCUGUCUGUCUGUCAGAGGCUUUAGUGUCGCAUCCACUAUUUUGAUGGUCUAAAAAAACAAAUCGCCUUUUGCAUGGAUGCACCAUGGCUACGUUUGUAUGCAGGGUGCAGUUCUUAGAUGAUACUGAUCCAUUUAACAGCACCAAUUUCCCCGAGCCCACCAGACCACCUCUGUACACUUUCAGGGAGGAUAUUCCUCUGAUCAAUCAGAUUGCUGGAGUCCACAGGCUGCUGAAAGCUCCACAGAAGCCUGAUGACUGUGCCCUUCAGCUGUCCCAUAAUGGAAGCUACUUGGACCUGGAGUCUACCCUGGCAGAACAGAGAGAUGAACUGGAGGGAUUUCAGGAAGAUGGAGGGAGAGGCAAGAAGCACAGCAUCAUUCUUCGAACCCAGCUUUCAGUCAGAGUUCACGCCUGCAUCGAAAAACUCUACAACUCAACAGGACGGGAGCUGCGGAGAGCCCUCUUUUCCCUCAAGCAGAUUUUUCAGGAUGACAAGGACCUGGUGCACGAGUUCGUGGUGGCCGAAGGGCUGACGUGUUUGAUAAAAGUGGGAGCUGAGGCCGACCAGAACUACCAGAACUACAUCCUCAGGGCUCUUGGUCAGAUAAUGCUGUACGUGGACGGGAUGAACGGCCUCAUAUCUCACAAUGAAACAGUCCAGUGGCUUUACACGCUGGUGGGAUCCAAGUUCCGUCUGGUGGUGAAGACGUCCCUAAAGCUGCUGCUGGUGUUUGUGGAGUACACCGAAUGUAAUGCCGCCCUGCUCAUAAAGGCUGUGAACGUCGUGGAUGCCAAAAGAGGUACAAAGCUGUGGUCAAAUGUCAUGGAGAUCCUGGAUGAGAAGGAUGGAGUGGACACGGAGCUGCUGGUGUUUGCGAUGACGCUCAUCAAUAAGACUCUGGCGGGCCUCCCAGACCAGGACUCCUACUACGACAUGGUUGACUGUCUGGAGGAGCAGGGCAUCGAAGGCAUGGCCCAGAGACACCUGACCAGGAAAGGCACCGACCUCGACCUCGUGGAGCAGAUCAACAUGUACGAGAUGACUCUACGCCACGAGGACGGUGACGAUGAAACCCCUUUGCCCCCGAGCGGCCGAAAGGACCGCAGGCGGGCCAGCGUCGGCGGCACCAACGAGCGGCGGGGCCUGGAGAGGAGACGCAGCCGGAGACAUUCGCUUCAGAACAGCAGGGGCCACGCUUCGGCGCCGGCGUCACCCAGCAGCACCCACUCCGCCGGCUUCCUGCCGUUCGGUGGCCAACGGGUGGAAGACAUCAGUGAAAGUCUGACAGAUACUCCUCCAUCUCCUACACCUUACACAACUAGAAAGCCCUGCUGGGCUGAAAGAAUGAGCACCAAUGUCGCCCCAUGUCCUGGCAAGAACCAGGCUCCCACGUCGCCCAUCCAUCGCUUCAGUAGCUCAGCAGCCUCCACACCGGACUCCAAACCUGACAGACCUGCUUUAGGCGGCUUGCUGACUUUAUCGUACCGACAGCAUCAGGAGUCCCUGGCUGCAGAGAGGGAGAGGAGACGCCUGGAAAGAGAGGAACGUCUGCAGAGAAUCGAAAGAGAAGAGAGGAACCGCUUUAAUCGAGAUUAUGUUGACAAGAGGGAAGAAGCGAGACAAGCCAGAGAGGAAAGGUACAAAGCUGUGGAGCGACUUGCUGCGGAGGAGUUUGAGCGCGAGCGGCCCAGAGCGCCGACAAGAGGGCGGACGGAGAUCACUUUGUGUUUGAGUUCAAACCCCGCCAGUCGCUCAGCAUCCCGUUGCGCCACACCUUCAUCCAUUAUCUCACAGGAAGACACCGUCACCACUGCACACCAGACGUUGGGAACUGAACCCAUCUCAGAGCCAAACCUUGACCCACAGACCAGAACCAAAAGUCCAGCACCGGAGUUAACAGUAGCAGAACCUUCUCCCACUCCCCCCUCCGAAACAGACAAACAGCAAUCUGAGGCAGAGACGGAGGAUGUUGCUGAAACUCAGCGUGAAAAGAAUGUAGCGGCACCAGAUGAUCGGUCGGGAACGGAGAAGGAAGAGACGCAAGAGGAGAAGGAGAAGGAACAGGAGCAGAGUACGGAGGAGGAGGUAGCGGCAGGAGAAGCAGAGGUAGCCGAAGCAGCAAAGGUGGAAGAGACAGGUGUAGAGGGGGAAGUGGACGUGGAGUUAGAGGAGGAGAAGCCGACAGAAAGGGAUGUAGAAGACAGUGUACUGCUGAGUGAGAAGGAGAGACAGAACGAGGAAGUGAAUGAAAAGGACAACUGCUCUGCGUCCAGCAUCUCGUCCACGAGCAGCACUCUGGAGAGGGAGGAGCGGGAGGAGAAGCUCACCAACGACAUUGAAGCAGGCCAAUGGAGUCAGUGCAUUAAAGAGGCAGACGUGAACGACCAGUGCAACAAAAUUCUCAACAGCAAGCGCUUCAUGCUGGACAUGCUCUACGCCCAGAAGAAGACCGCCGAGGAUGACGGGAACGUAGGGGAAUCGGAGAAGGAGAACUGUAAAUGUGAGAAGGAGACGGAGGUCAGUGACUCUGUGGCCAGCUUGGUCAGCAGGAUCUCCACACUGGAGGCUCACCGGCAGGCCAGAGAAGACAAUGUGAAAAAAAUGGAGGUGGGACAUCUGGACAACCAGGGCAGCGUCCGAGCAGUGGCGGAGAGGUUUGGAGAUUUGGUCAAAGGCUUCGGGGCUCCACCCGAGGCGGAGUCUUCGAAAGAUCAGCAGCAGGCGGACAAAUCAUCAACCCCAGCCCCGUCAGCUGUACCCCCCAAGAAGGAGUCGGAUCAUAUCUGGGACCAGCUGAUGGCUUCACCCAGGGAGCUGCGGAUCAAAGAGAUGGACUUCACCGACCUCAGGGACGAGGACGACUUGGACAUUUUAGAUGUGGACAAUGUGACAAAGUCAGGUGACAGGAUACCACCGCUUCCCCCUCCGCCAUUCAGCGCCGCCCUGCCGCCGCCCCCGCCCCUGUUCGGAUGCCCCCCGCCUCCUCCCAUUCUUGGCAAAAUGAUGCCCCCACCUCCACCGUUCAUGGCCCCCAUCCCUCCGCCCUCCCCUCAGCUGAGUCGAGGGGAGGCGCCUCUCUUCCAGAAGAAGAAGAAGACCAUCCGUCUGUUCUGGAACGAGGUGCGUCCCGUGGACUGGCAGUGUAAGAGUCAUAAAUUCUGUAAGGAGUCCCUGUGGUCCAAACUGGAGCCAGUUAAACUGGACACAUCCAAGCUGGAGCAGCUGUUUGAGUCCAAGUCCAAGGAGCUGCCUGUCACCAAGAAAGCAGCUGUUGACGGCAAACGACAAGAAAUCAUAGUCCUGGAUUCCAAGCGCAGCAACGCUAUAAACAUCGGCCUGACUGUCUUGCCUCCUCCCCGCACAAUCAAGACGGCCAUUCUCAACUUUGAUGAGUACGCACUAAACAAGGAAGGCAUUGAGAAAAUCCUCACCAUGAUCCCCACGGAGGAGGAGAAGCAGAGGAUCCAGGAGGCUCAGCUGGUCAACCCUGACAUUCCUCUGGGUAGCGCCGAGCAGUUCCUCCUCACCCUCUCCUCCAUCACCGAGCUGUCUGCUCGCCUGCAGCUGUGGGCAUUCAAGAUGGACUAUGAGCUUAUUGAGAAGGAAGUGGCAGAGCCUCUGCAGGACCUGAAGGAAGGGAUGGACCAGUUAGAGAAAAACAAAACACUCAGAUACAUCUUGACCACAUUGCUGGCCAUUGGUAACUUCCUCAACGGCUCUAAUGCUAAAGGCUUUGAGCUGAGCUACUUGGAGAAAGUCCCGGAGGUGAAGGACACGGUUCACAAGCAGUCCCUGCUGCACCAUGCCUGCGCCAUCGUGGUCGAGAAGUUUCCAGACAGUACCGACCUCUACUCUGAGAUCGGAGCCAUUACCCGUCUGACCAAGGUGGACUUCGACCAGCUUCAAGACAAUCUGGCACAGAUGGAGCGAAGGUGCAAAGCGUCGUGGGACCACCUCAAGGUCAUCGCGAAACACGAGAUGAAACCCGCGUUGAAACAAAAAAUGUCAGACUUCCUCAAAGACUGUGCAGAGAGAAUCAUUAUCCUCAAGAUUGUACAUCGAAGAAUUAUCAACAGGUUUCACGCCUUUCUGUUGUUCCUGGGCCAUCCGGUAUAUGCCGUACGUGAGGUCAGCAUACAUCGCUUUAGCAAGAUCCUGAGCGAAUUUGCCCUGGAGUAUCGCACAACAAGGGAGCGCGUGCUGCAACAGAAACAGAAGAGGGCCAACCACCGAGAGAGGAACAAGACCAGGGGAAAAAUGAUAACAGAUAGUGGUAAAUUUGGCGGCAGCCCGUCAGACGCACAGGAGAGCCAGCCUCAGGGGAUCCAGUACGCCGAAGAUGCAGCGGAACAUGAGAACAUGAAGGCCGUACUAAAAAGCAGCCUGCAGGGCGGAGAGAGCGGGACGUCCACGGUGCCGGGCCUUCGAACUCGCACCAGAGCCAGCAGUACCAGAGGGCGUGUUGCCCCGUGGUGUUCUGCCAGCGACGACCCAGUGAACUGCACAGACGACACGGCUGAUGAGAUCAUGGAGAGGAUUGUGAGGUCAGCCACUCAGGGGCCCAGCCAGCGGGCGCAACCUCGAGAGAGGAGACGAUCCCGAGCCAACCGAAAAUCACUGAGACGGACACUGAAGAACGGUCUGACCACGGAGGAGGCCAACGCUCUCGGCUUGUCCAGCGGUUCGGAGAUGCAGGUGUGAGCUGUUCCCGGAUCCUGCUGGACGUUUAGACAUCUGGAAGCCCUUUCACUGCCCCCCAUCCCCGAUGCCUACACCCAAACCCACUUCGCUCCGGCUUGGCACUACAACCCCCUCCCCGUCCCCACCACCUCCUCCUCCCGGCUUUGAUGAGUUGAUCUCAUCUUUAUGAGUUUGGUUUACAUGGGCUUGACGCAGGCUCUCCCUGCACGCGAGAGGAUAAACACGAUUUUAUUCAUGAACUGAUGGGCAGAGAGAGCAGAAACAGCAUUCAAACCACUAAGCUUCGCUGUUGCUGGAUAAACAUCAAUGAUCUGCACUCACAAGGCUUAAUCGCAAUCAUCCUCCGUACGUGACAUUGCACACAAACACCCGUAAAAAAGUGUAUUUUUUAAGGCUGAGGGCAUCGAAACGGUUGGCAGUGCUUCAAUCUCUGUGGCCUUGACUGAAUCCAGAGGGCGGUACAGACACCCUCGGACAAGCGUUUGCUCGGGUUUCGUGUCGGCCCCGCAAGCUUCAACUGAAUUGAAAGACAUUUCAUCUAUUGACUAGAUGGCUUUGUGCAGAGGGUUAUUCUGUUAAUAUACUACUGUGGUAGUUUUGUGUUUCAUUUUUGCUCAAGAAGGUGCUCAAAUAAGGAACAAUUGCACUGGAUGUAAAAGUUGGGUAUCAAUGGAAUGUGAGAUCCUUGACACUGAUGAACCACUCUGACAUCUGAAUCUGAAAUUAUACUCAACCAGCAAUUCAACAGUAGCACAGUUUUUAAUGUCCAAUCAAAGCCGACAGAUUCGACGCAGAUGUGCGUUAGUUUUGUGAAAUGAAUAGGAAGGAAUUUAUCAACACUUUUUUUUAAAGAAGGAAGCGGAGACAGAAUUUACGGACGAUUUCGGUAGCUGUGACCGGCGAUGCUACUAGUUUCAGACUAAUGCUGCGUCAUGCAAAACAUUUUUUUAGCUUCAACAAGCGUAGACAAGUUGCAUCACGUUGAUCUAUUCUCACGUUGGGGACUGAAGGCAGCCGGUGCAAGAGAGCAAUCUUGGUAGAGUUAUGUCGUUAUUAUUUUGUAGAAACUAUGAGCUGCACAUUUCAGAGUGCCUUUCAGAGACAGUUAUUUAUUAAGACGUUUUCAGGGACAUAUAAUCACGAAAAUGUUGCUACAGAUGUGCGGUCUUGCGAGGGGUGCCGUGUAGAUCAUUCAUGAGCUGUGAUUUCUUUUUAACCAGUGUUUUUAAAAUCUCGUCUAGGCAAAGGUUUCCUCCAUGUUACGUCUCUCGGAUCAGAUAGAUAAGUUACGAAGAUAGCUUUAAAGUAUUUAUGACAACUUAGGGAUCGGCUAUGCACAUUAGCUGCAUCCUGUUGCCUUACUGUAGAAUGUGGGCAUGUAUAGUUCCGCUCCAAAAAAAAAGUACAGUUAAGCUUUAAAUUAUUCAUACCCACGCCAACUUGUUGCUUUAUAGUGAAGUUUUAUUUGACCAACAGGUUUUUGUUUCAGACUGGAAAUGAUAUAAACAACAGAUUCUAAGACCCAGUGCUAGAGAUCCAUUCAUUAUGUGUGGGAGGAAGCCGGAGAGAACCCACGCUGCACGGGGAGAACAUGCAAACUCCAAUCAGAAAGA